CUUGGAGUUUGCCUUCACACACAGAAAUCUCCAGAGUCCCCUUCGGGAGUUACAAGAGCUCGUCUCAUCUGGUGUGGCUAGAGACUCCCCGUAUCUUUCCUUGGUUUCCAAACCAAACCUCUUUUGAGGUUCAGCUCGGAGCUGCAGUGAUUUCAUUGUCGUGAAGGAUUGUCUUUUACGAGCUCAGACAUGGAGGCUGAACUGCUAAUCGCACCGACGGAGGAAUACCACGCUUCAGAGGACUGUGAGACCACUAGCCGGGCGCUCUAUAACUUCUACGCAGCUGUGAUGAUCAUCAUCUUCCUGCUGGCUCUCCCACUGAACAUCUCAAUCUUCCACCUCUUCAUCUUCAAGCUCAAGUUCUGGAAAUCCAACACCAACAAUGUGUUUCUGUUCAACGUGGUCCUGGCCGACAUCCUGCUGUUGUUCUGCCUGCCUGUGAAGGCCUACAACUUCAUCCACGGUGAGAGACGCAGUGAGAACGACGUGGUCUGCAAAGCCAUGCUCUUCAUGCUCUUCCUCAACCGAGGAGAAAGCAUCGCCUUCCUCACCGUCACCUCCAUCGACCGCUACUUCAACGUGGUGCAUCCUGGGAGGAAGAACCUCCUGAAAGCCCUGAAGAGGUCUCCUCACAUCUCCAUCCUGAUCUGGCUCCUGCUGCUCCCUCUGACCAUCCCCACCAUGCUGAAGACCUUCGAGUGCUGCAACAGCCACAAGAGCUACGACGCCACGGAGAAUCGGGACGACGCCGUGGUGAAGGACGUGGUGGACAGUCUGAGGGAGGUGGUGUUCUUCACUCAGAUCUUGAUCCCCUUCAUGAUCCUGCUGUACUGCACGGUGCGCAUCGUCAACCGCCUGAAGAGGAAGACGGUGGGGGACAAGACCAAGCUGAGGAGAGCCAUGUUCCUGGUCUCCUCGGUCAUGGUGUUGUUCUCUGUCUGCUUCCUGCCCUGCACCGUGGCCAGGAUCGUUCUGCUGGUGGCCCGGGUUCAGGAGUGGAAGGAGCUCUCCGAGGACACGGUGUUCGACGGCGUCAUGGUCCUGUCCUUCAUCAACUGCCUGUUGGACCCCUUGGUCUACUGCUUCUGCAGCACCAACUUCAAAAACAUUUACCUGGGCAAUUACUUUCCUUGCCUUCUGAAGAAACACGAACACCCCCUUGAGAACAGCACCUCCACAGCAAACCCAAAUCCAGUUAGCCAAUCAUUUUAAUGCUUGCGUAACAUU